CAAUUAGUGGCAAAAAAAAAGUUUACUACUAUAAUUAAUGAAAGUUAAUUAAAAAAUUUACUACAAUAAUGGAAACCGUUCAAAACUUUCCCUCCUAUUUCAUCCACCUUCCAAACUCUCCCCUCUAUCACUGAUUCACUGCAUCAUCACAUUUAAUUCCUUCCAUGUAUAACUCGCUAUCCUCGAUGAAGCCAGCCUUAAAUUUCAAGUCCCUAAACGUCCAGAGACCAAAUCUCGCCCCCCUUACGCAUCUCCGAUAUCUUACUUGCUGCCGACGACGACGACGACGACGUUUUAGACGAGCUUUCUAUUAUGAGCGAGUCUGAGUGUUCUAGGAGCAUAUGCUGUCCAUCGCCCCACCGGAUUGUGGCUCGGUGGAUCUCGGGGCUGAGGCGGACCAGGGUGAAGAGAAUCCCGGAUGAACAUGUGAAGAAAGAGAAAGAGACAGAGAGCAAGAUAGAUGAAGAUGAGAAAGGAUUGGGUGAUCGAGCGGUGCAGGCUAGAUGUUCGAUGGAUGGACUCAACGGUGGAAAUUCGGUGUCUACGACUGGAGAGAGCAGGAAAGAUACCUCUUUCAAUAUGGGAGUUGGGUGUUGCCUUUUGUAUCUAAUUGCAGCAAGUAAAAACGAGCUUAAUAAGAUAGUGCAGAUGAGGUUGCAAAUGGAAACCCUCCUCCAAAAUACCAGCGAAGAAUUGAUUAACAAAAGCAAUAUCUCUAAGCUGUCGAAACCAAAUGAUAUGUUUGCGUACUCUGACACUGAUUCUCCACAAGGGCCACAGUUUGAAUCUCAAUACAUACCGGAGUCCUCAACAAUUUCAGCGGUUGAUCAGUCUUUGAAGUGCGAACCACCUGAAAAAGAAAAGUGUUCAGAAGAAGCAAUGGAUCAGCUCGAGGCAGAACUCCAAGCUGAGUUGGAACGCUUACAACUGCACUUGGAUGGGGAGAAGUUGAAACACUCAGAGCUAUUAAGGGUAGAGGUGACUGAUGAAGACACUACCUGCUCGAAAAGUCAGACCCCGACUUCUGGAGAAGUGAUUGACCUUCAACCUCACGAUGUAGACACAGAUUGUGGAGUUCCUCCUGAUGAAUUGGAAAGAAGGUUGCAUGAAUUACUGGAAGCAAGACAGCAAGAAGAGAUAAGAGAGCUGAAAGCCGCUAUAGAAUGUCUUAAGCACAAGCUGUAUGAGAAAGAAGUGGAGGUUUCUAGGUGGAAAGACACAGCAAUGCUUAUUUCAAGGCAUGCUAUGGAACCUUCCCCCCUCCUCCAAAAUACCAGCGAAGAAUUGAUUAACAAAAGCAAUAUCUCUAAGCUGUCGAAACCAAAUGAUAUGUUUGCGUACUCUGACACUGAUUCUCCACAAGGGCCACAGUUUGAAUCUCAAUACAUACCGGAGUCCUCAACAGUUUCAGCGGUUGAUCAGUCUUUGAAGUGCGAACCACCUGAAAAAGAAGAGUGUUCAGAAGAAGCAAUGGAUCAGCUCGAGGCAGAACUCCAAGCUGAGUUGGAACGCUUACAACUGCACUUGGAUGGGGAGAAGUUGAAACACUCAGAGCUAUCAAGGGUAGAGGUGACUGAUGAAGAUACUACCUGCUCGAAAAGUCAGACCAAGACUUCUGGAGAAGUGAUUGACCUUCAACCUCACGAUGUAGACACAGAUUGUGGAGUUCCUCCUGAUGAAUUGGAAAGAAGGUUGCAUGAAUUACUGGAAGCAAGACAGCAAGAAGAGAUAAGAGAGCUGGAAGCCGCCAUAGAAUGUCUUAAGCACAAGCUUUAUGAGAAAGAAGUGGAGGUUUCUUGGUGGAAAGACACAGCAAUGCUUAUUUCAAGGAAUGCUAUGGAACCUUCCCCUUUCACUUCACGCAAUGAUCCAAAAAUUAUCACUGAUAGGUGAAGAUCAAACGUGCGGGAGUUUUGAGAUUGAGAUAUUAAUCAGCUAAGGUCACCAUAUGUCUAUAACUGUAAUUGGGUUCUGAUGAUGGUAGAUGAAUCGUUUUGCCUUUGAAAUGUGAAUAGCAAAGCAUCUGAUACAUACUGCAAGAUAGAAGUGGAAAGUUGAUACAAAAAAUGAGAGCAAAAAGGAGAAACAGGAUUGCCAUUUGAAGUACAAAACCUUCUUUCUGACUUUGUCUGCUGCUGUAAUAGGUGUUAAUUGAUCACUGUUUAGGUGCUUAUUGUGCUUAUACAAUUAUUGCCCAUUUCUUGGUUAUCAAAUUGAAUAUGAUUGUGUGAACUGUGGAUUGCAGUGCCCAUCAUUGGUCCACUAGGUCACAAUUAUUUAUUCCCAGGUCUUGAUUUUAUGUUCUUGACUUCUUGGUAUGGAUAAUGGAUUCAAAUUUAUAU